CAGAGCCCCGCACGACACCACAACGCCGCAGGCUUCUGUCGAGAAACGAAGUCAUUGAACCAGCACUCGGCGCGAAGCAAAGAACAGAGGUCGAGCCAGCCAGCCAGCCAGCCAGCCACCCGAACGCUGCACCGUCUUCGAAAGACCGCACUUCACGUUUUCCCUCCGCGAUACAACACAACGCAACACAACACAACACAAUGCAGACGGUGGACCUGGACCGGGACGACCUGGUCCUCCACGAGGGAGACGGGAAGAUCCGGCGGCCGAGCAAACUCGUGGAAGGCGGCAGAGACGAAGCACGCCCGAAAAAGAUGCCCUCGCCCCGGAAAGUGGUCGUCCCCGGGAAAGAAAUGACCGGAGCAGCGCCCGCUUUGCCAGAAGAGACAAGCGACGGCGACGCAGGGAGAAGCGCAACCGCAAAGGCAACCGCAACCGCAAAGGCAACCGCAAAGGCAACCAACAGCCGCGACGAGAGCGAUAAGGUCCCCGACAAGGUCCCUCUCCAGUCCGAUCCGGGAGCCCCCGAGUUUUCCAUCGGGGGGGAUUCCGACGACGGAGACUCGUGCUUCGAAGACUGGGACGAAGACGAUCGCAAGGGACGGGCCUUUUUUGGCAGCGACGCCGCCUUUGGUGACGGCGAGAUCCACGGCGAGAUCCACAGCAACGGCCACCGCCAGGAUCUCCGGCAGGGGACGUGGACGUCGGCGUCGGCGUCGUCCGGGGAUUCCCAGCACUCGAGCUCCCCCUUCGAGCUCACCAAGGAAGACAUCGAAAUCUGCAGGAGACUCGACGACGAGUACGAGCGAGCACUGGAAGAACGAGACAUUGGCUACAACGCCCGGUACUCGAGCGUUCGGCAAACCGCCAUGUUCAGCAUCGUCUUCUUGGCGCUCUACAUGCUUCAGGGAACCAUUGUGUACCGAGAGCUGCUGCUACUGAACAACGAGAAAAACCACAACCACCGAGUCGAAGGACUCAAAGAAGGAGAGGAGGACGAAUUCGACAACGAGUUUCAAAACUGGUCGAUCCCCGAGUCCCUCUUUUUCUCCAUUUUUACCAUUACCACGGUCGGCUACGGCCGGGAAGACCUGCCCACGACUCCCAGUUUCCAGGCCUACACCAUUCUCUACAUCAUGGUGGGAAUCGCCACCCUGACCAUCGUGGUGGCACAGGUCUAUCAGUGCAUCGCGCUGGAGGCCUCGAGGGCGCGCCUCUCGCAGGACAAGCAGCAGACGGAGCUCCGCCGGCGGAGCGGGCUCAUGCUGGGCAGCGCAACCAACGCCACGGGGAAGGAACUGGGCGGCCCUUCCCCCCCAAAGGGCCCCGGUCCGCUCGGCGGCGCGGGAUCGGCGCGCAAGUCCAGCAGCGACGAGAUCAUCAUCUCCGACACCGUGCACGUGGGCCUGGUCCCGAGGGCCGUCGAGGGGUUCUUUCGGUUCCUAGACCGGGCCAAAUUCUUUUUCCGGGAGACCGAGGUCGGAAAGGGGGCCUCGGUGGUCUUUCCCUUUGCCGGCCUGAUCCUGAGCGGGGCCUGCGUCGUGAGCCUCAUCGAGAAGUGGACCUUUCUGGAGUCGCUCUAUUUUGCGGUGGUCUCGCUGACCACCGUCGGGUACGGGGACUACGUUCCGACCAAGCUCCCGACGAUAUGGUUUUGCAUCUUUUGGUUGCCCUUUAGCAUUGGGUUCAUGUCCAUGUAUCUGAGCCACAUUGCCACCUUCUACAUCCGCCUGAGCGACCGGAACAUCCGGAGGAUCGAGCGGCGGCUGAGGAGGCGGCUGCAAAAGGCCAAGGAACUGGCGGAGGAGGAACGGGCCGAAAUUCUCCGCCGUGCCUACCGGGGACAGGAGGCGGAAAUCGAGAUUGUUGCGGGCAACGACGACGGCGACGGGAGCGAUCCGGUGUGGCUGGGGAAGCACGUGGAACGCGGCAGCGAACUGGACGACAGCAUGGAGCACGCCACGAUUCCGAUGCACCACGCCCGGAGCGUCAUGCACCGCAAGAAGCAAGAGGGAUUCAACAUGCUGCCGACGAGCGACGACGGUGCCAACUCGGACGACGAGACGGUUCUGGUCGGGGUGGCCACCUCGGAAAACGCCGGGAUGGGAGAGGUGAGCCUCGGCAACACGGGGUACCGGAGGAGGCAGCGGAUCAUCGAAAACUGCCGGGUGGCCACCCGGUUCGCGGAAACCGCCGACGACAAACCGAGCGAACGGAACGGAGCGGUCGACGACCAAGGCAGCAGCAACAACACCGACCGAACCAUGAAAUCGAUGAGGGACGUCAUCCGCGCGGUGCGAAACACCAUGAACGCAGAGAACUACGGCACCGGCCUCAACCCCGUGAAUCCCGGAGACGCAAACGCCUCCAAAUUCAUGUCGAUGCAGUCCACCCAGAACAUGAUCGACUAUUCCAUAUUCCGGAGGAAGAAGCAAUCCAAAAAACCCUCCUUUGCCCUCCGCGUCUUGGUCCAGGAGCGCUUUGCCAAGAUCAUCGCCAUCGAGGUGGCCGGCUACCACUCCUCCAUCGAAAUCAAGGAGCACACCCUGUCGGUCACCAUCGACUCCAUGUCCGCCACGGCCGAGAAGUGGUCCGUCCCGCGCCGGGCCCGGAAGGCCUUCCGGGCGGUCUCCUUCGAGGUCCUGUAUUUCGUCGGGGAGCACGGCCUCAUCACCCGGGGGGCCGACGCCCUCUACGAGCUGACCCCCUUUGAGUUCCACGGCCUCUUCAGCGCCCUCGUGGCGGCCAUGGGGGACGCCGACACGAUGGAGGGAUGGCUGGCCAAGACCGACACCCUCGCCCUGGUCGACCUGCAGAAGGGCGUCCUCCACCGGUCGGCCCCCGAGGAGGAAGGAUCCGCCCGGCAGCGGAUCUUUUCCUUCGACUGACCGACUGACGGUUUCGUUCCGACCGCGUGUGAAACAGAAACAACAGACACGGCGGCGUGGCCGAACGGAACGCGACGCGGUGCGGCGGGACCGGCCGGCCGGCAGGCAGGCACACCAACGAAUACAGUAGAAUAAACAAACCACCGAAAC